CAGAGGACGCGGCGGGAGCAUGUUCCGGCUCCUGAGCUGGAGCCGGGGUCGAGGCCUCCUGCGGGCCGCGGGGCGGCGGUACCGGGGUUACUCUGCGCGCCUGCUCCCCGGGCCGGCAGGAGGCCCCGGGCCCGAGAUGGAGGUGCCGCCACCCCGAGUUGCGCCGCACGGCCGCGGCCCGGGCUUGCUGCCGCUACUGGCAGCGCUCGCCUGGUUCUCGAGGCCUUCUGCGGCAGAUGCGGAGGAACAGCAGGGAGCGGGCGGGGCCGCCGCUGAGGAUGCGGCGGACGAGGCAGAGGCCGAGAUCAUCCAGCUGCUGAAGCGAGCCAAGUUGAGCAUCAUGAAAGAUGAACCAGAAGAGGCUGAGCUAAUAUUGCAUGAUGCUCUUCGCCUUGCCUAUCAGAGCGAUAACCUGAAAGCCAUCACUUACACUUAUGAUUUGAUGGCCAACUUAGCGUUUAUACGAGGUCAACUAGAAAAUGCAGAACAACUUUUUAAAGCAACAAUGAGUUACCUGCUUGGAGGGGGCAUGAAGCAGGAAGACAAUGCAAUAAUUGAAAUCUCCCUAAAACUGGCUAGUAUCUAUGCUGCUCAGAAUAGACAAGAAUUUGCUCUCGCUGGCUAUGAAUUCUGCAUUUCAACUUUAGAGGAAAAAAUUGAACGAGAAAAGGAAUUAUCAGAAGAUGUUAUGUCAGUGGAAGAAAAAGCCAAUACCCACCUCCUUCUGGGCAUGUGCUUAGACUCCUGUGCACGCUACCUUCUGUUCUCCAAGCAGCCAUCACAGGCACAAAGGAUGUAUGAAAAAGCUCUGCAGAUUUCUGAAGAAAUACAAGGAGAAAGACACCCACAGACCAUUGUGCUCAUGAGUGACCUGGCUACUACUCUGGACGCACAGGGCCACUUUGAUGAGGCCUAUAUUUACAUGCAAAGGGCAUCAGAUCUGGCAAGACAGAUAAAUCAUCCUGAGCUGCACAUGGUACUCAGUAAUCUAGCUGCAAUUUUGAUACACAGAGAACGAUAUACACAAGCAGAAGAGAUCUACCAGGAAGCACUGAAGCAAGCAGAGAUGAAAAGAGAUGAGGUUUCUGUACAGCACAUCAGGGAAGAAUUGGCUGAGCUGUCAAGAAAAAGUAGAUCUUUGACUUAAUAUUAUCAAGCGUUAAAUCCAUUUUUCUUGUAGGGAGGGUAGUUUCUAGUGGCCUAAAGGAAUAACUGUUAUUCUAGUGUCUGUGGCAUCCAAAUCAGUGGUGUAAAUUUUCUGUUCUUGAUAUUCAGGUUUCCUCAACUUAGCCUUGGUGAAGGACAAGUUGUACAUACUGCCACAUUUGUUUUUAAAGGAAAAACAACUUUCACCCUUCACUAAUUAUGACCUCUAAGGAAUGAUGUCAAAUGAUGCUUUCCAUUGUAUUAUAUGGUUAGGUGCUGUCCAUGCUGGUCUAAGUGUAAUUAUAGAUUAAGAUGGGCCACUUUUCCUCUGGGUUGUGGGUGUGGGGUCUGGUAAUUAUGCCUAACAUUGCUACUGAAAGAUUUUUGGUUCACUGAUUUGCUGCCCUUUCUUCUUUUACUUUGUCAAUAUCUGGCAGACCAGAGCUACUCAUGGCAAAGGGAAAUUAUGGUGAGUUGUUUCUAUUACCUUUCAUGAAGCACAGUGGGAUUUAACACACAGAGGAGGAAAAGUGUUAUAUUAGUUUGCACCCAGCAUGAAGUUUUAAAGUGGGAAUUAGGCAGUUGAAAGUGUAGUAGCCUUUUGGUCAUAAAUAAAAGUGAACUACUUAUCUGGUUAUAUGUAACUGUUAAUGGUUGGGGGGAAGAAUGAUGGAACCUCUUUCUUGCCAGUGCUAUCCUGGAGCAUCUGACAUUUUUUGCAACUGUGAGGUCACAAAACUGAGUCAUCUGAGAUCCUCUUUAAAGCAAUGCCUGGGCUGUACCCUAGACCUGACUAGAGUAUGGCCCUACCAAUGUAGAUUUUAAAAUUCCCAACCUUGAUUCUACUUAGUACCCUCUUCUGUAACAUGAGGAAAGAAUGAGAUUCUUAGCCAUGGUAGAAAGUAUCUGGUCAGAUGACUUUAAAUGAAUAUACUGCUGUGUUGAAAGAGCUUUAUUGCCCUGCCUCAAAGUAUGUAAACACAAGAUACAUAGAUGGAUUUCCUUACCUCAGCAGACUUGCAAAAAGCCAUUUGUUUAGGGGGAAAGAUAGCUUUUCUAGGUACCAUUAAGGAACACUGAUAUUGUUGAUAUGCCUUUGUGAGUGGGGUGUGAGUGGAAUUGGUAAACAGAUAUUUUUGGUUCAUAUGUAUACACUGGAAGUAUCUUUUCAUAAUAAACUAUACAACAAUA